CGAUCGCGCCGUAGGUCUCCGUGCUCGGGCGAAACGAGCGAAACCGGCGAGGCAGAAAACGAGAGGGGAGCAUCUGUACGGCACGACGCGCAAGGAUACAGCCUCUCGCGAAGAGGAGAAGAGAGAAGUGUGCGCCUCCUCCGCCGCCGACUUAGGCCUGUCUGCUGGCUGCGUGCUAGCGCCGACUGAUCGGUAGGACGGGCCAAACGGGCCGUCUGUCUGGCCCUUCGACACGCGCUGCGUCGACAGGCUGGCCGACCAGUAUCGUUUUUAACCGAACAACCGGGAUUCGACCGUACUCACCUUUCAUCGGUCGCGACUGUUUUAAGGGCUGCCCGGGCGACGCGAUCAGCCAAGACACGCAGGUAAUCGGGGGACACGACGACAACGAAACCAGCACGCGGAGAGGAGGAAGAGGAGCACAAUGCGGCCUAGGGCCGCGGCUACCUACUACAACGCAGCCUCCUGCAGGCUACGUCCGAUCCCGCUUCUCACCUGUGUCCUUGCCCUACUGGUCGUCACGUGGAUACCGGUCACCGACGCCGUGACCUGCGAUAACGGGUGCAAAUGCAACUGCACGGGUUUAAAGGGUAUUUUGGGCUUUAUUGGAGUCCCUGGACCACAGGGCCCGGAAGGUAUGCCGGGUGACAUUGGUCCAGAUGGUCCUCUCGGUCCAAAGGGUGAAAAAGGAGCUGGUGGAGAAUACGGUGGCAUGGGAGAGAAGGGUUACAGGGGUGACCGAGGUAUACAAGGAUUCUCCGGCGUUGCAGGAUUCUCGGGUAAUCCUGGUCUGCCUGGUGUGACGGGUCCAGAUGGUCUGGACGGUUGCAACGGGACCGAUGGACGUACUGGUGCGCCAGGAAGGCCUGGAAGACAUGGUGGACGUGGUGAACCAGGUCCAAGUGGAGGCUAUGGACCCACCGGUGAACCUGGCGACGGCGGCGUCAACUCCAAAGGUACGAAGGGUGAACGUGGAACACCGGGCAUAAACGGACCUAAGGGUUAUGAAGGACCGCCAGGGAUGAAAGGCGCAAUGGGUUAUCCAGGAGAGACAGGCGAGAAAGGUCAUCGAGGCUUUCCGGGCCUGCCAGGAAUGCAAGGUGAUAUCGGUGAACCAGUGUACGGCGUGAAAGGUGCUUCGGGUGAACUGGGUGACAGGGGUGAACCUGGAUUACCGACCACUGAUGAAUAUAAGAUGAAAGAGCCGUAUGAACUGACGCCAGGUCCGAAGGGUCCCAAGGGAAUGCGAGGAGAUGAGGGAAUGCGAGGACAAAGAGGAAUGGACGGCUUUAUGGGCACCACCGGAAGUCAAGGAUAUCCAGGUAUUAAGGGCUGGAAAGGAGAAGAAGGGAACGUCGGCCCGAGGGGUAAACAUGGCAGAGAUGGUCCAGUUGGUCCUGCUGGAUUUAAAGGAGAUAAAGGUGCUCCAGGUUACGCUGGGAUAGAUGGACUGGACGGAGAUACCGGAGAGCCAGGUGAAUUAGGAAAUAAAGGGUUGCCUGGUGAUGCAGGAUAUUCCGGUGUACCUGGAAAAUGGAUGCCAGAUCUCGACGAAAUAAUUCAAGGACCCAUUGGAAUUGCCGGAGAUUUAGGUCCACCGGGUCCAAAGGGAGAUUCGGGAAUACCUGGUAAACCUGGUCUAGUAGGCUACAUAGGUCCACCUGGCCCACCAGGACCUGCAGGACCUCCUGGGUUGGCUGGACGAAAAGGAUCUUCCGUCAAAGGAGAGCCAGGAUCCGAUGGUCUUCCCGGACCGAUGGGCAAAGAAGGUCUACCAGGUUCGUCUGGUCUUUCUGGAAUUUCUGGACCAAAAGGAUUCCCUGGAGUAACGAUCUUCGGACCGCCAGGUUUGGACGGAAAACCUGGAAUGCCUGGAUACUCGGGUCCACCUGGGGAUCGUGGUGAUGAUGGUUUUCAUGGUCCAAAAGGUUUUCCGGGUAAAGGUAUCAGAAUCAAGGGUCGUCCAGGUGAUCGUGGUUUGCCAGGACCACCAGGAUUUCCUGGAACCGACGGAUGGCCUGGUACCCCGGGUAACAAAGGUGCAACGGGCCUGAAAGGUGACGACUGUGGUCUUUGUACAGCAGAAAAGGGAGAGCACGGUGAAGACGGACGGGAUGGGUAUCCUGGACUGACAGGAUACCAUGGAUUACCUGGUCCCCGUGGAUAUAAGGGAAGUCAUGGAAAACCGGGUACUGUUGGACCAAGAGGGUUAGAAGGUGAAAGCGGAAGACCAGGAAUCGCUGGAGCUCCGGGGCCUAAAGGAGAAAGAGGAAAGGAAAUAUAUCCAGACGGAUUAUUGAUUGGAAAGCCUGGUGAUCAAGGCGACGUAGGAUUCGCUGGUCCAGAAGGAGAAAGAGGAGGAAAAGGUGAAUCUGGCCAGCGUGGUGACACAGGACCAUCAGGACCUAAAGGUCAAAAGGGUAAUCAUGGUGAGUCCGGAUAUCCGGGUCGCGAUGCUUUCCCAGGUUUGGAUGGUAGUCCUGGUGAAAAAGGUGAUGACGUAUUGGUACCAAUCGAAUCUCUGCAUGGAGAUCCCGGAUAUCCGGGCGUACCAGGUAUGAAGGGUCUUGCAGGUGAUAAAGGAAUAAAAGGAGACCGCGGAUUGUCCUCGAGUUAUAAUAUAGAUCUGUCAGGAGAGAAGGGAUUUAAAGGAGAAAUAGGUUAUCCAGGCGACGAUGGAGCUCCAGGUGCCGAAGGACGAUUGGGCGACGAAGGAUAUCCGGGACCACCAGGAAUUGUUGGACCGCCCGGUAUAUCGCCUCCAGGCCCUACAGGAUUAAAGGGUUACCCAGGAAUGCCGGGAGAAGAAGGUCCACGUGGCCCAGCGGGUACACCAGGAGCACAAGGACCUACUGGUUUCCCAGGUCGUGUAGGUAGCAAAGGUGAUCGAGGUAACCCUGGUACGAAUCUGACGUACGGUGAUUUCGGUGAUGAAGGUCCCAAGGGUGAAAAGGGAGAGAUCGGUGACGCUGGUCCAUCAGGCUUGCGUGGUAGACACGGAGUAGACGGUCUUAAAGGUUUCAAAGGUGGCAAAGGAGCUCCUGGUUUCGCCGGUCUACCAGGUCUUCAGGGAGCUAAAGGUUCACGGGGUAACAGUGUUGGAGGUGGUAGAGGCUAUCCUGGAACACCUGGUAUACCCGGAAUGCCUGGAAGAAUUGGAGAACCUGGUCGUCAAGGGCCCGACGGAUCAGAUGGAUAUACCGGAAUAAAGGGCGUUAAGGGGGAAGUUGGUUUCCCUGGACGUCGAGGUGACGACGGUGAUCCUGGUCCAAUGGGUUACUUAGGUAGAGACGGUAUGCCAGGUAUGCCAGGUAUGCCAGGAGAAGACGGCGACGUUGGUGAAACCGGUAACCCUGGUAUGGCCGGCAGGCCUGGCUCCGAUGGAAUUUCGGGACUGCCAGGAUCCAAAGGGGAACUAGGAAACCCUGGACCAGCUGGUAUUCCAGGUUUGCAAGGUUUGCCAGGAUAUCCAGGUGCCACUGGAGACCGUGGUCCAGAUGGUUUCGACGGAGCUCCGGGUGAAAAUGCCUUCAGCGGACCACACGGUGACAUAGGCGAGCCUGGUUUCACAGGAGCAGUAGGACCACCUGGACUCGCUGGUGUUGAUGGUAGACCCGGUUUACCUGGUGAACGUGGUUUUGCUACCGACGGAUUCGAUGGUCUGGAAGGACCGAAAGGUGAACCAGGUUACCGCGGAUUUGACGGUAUACCCGGAUCAAAGGGUGAAAUCGGUGAUAUGGGACCGGAUGGAUUGAAAGGGGCAAGAGGAGACUGGGGCAUCCGCGGAAGACCAGGAUUACAUGGUAUUCCUGGUGAAUACGGUGUUAAAGGUGAACGAGGCCUAAUGGGAUUGCCUGGACCCAAUGGUCUCAAUGGUAAACCAGGAGUGAGUGGCGAUCCUGGUAAAAUGGGUCUGCCAGGAAUGCCCGGUGAGGAGGGUGUUCGAGGAUUUCCUGGUACAAUGGGUGCACCAGGACCGAAAGGUUCGAUAGGUGAACCUGGCCUACCAUCGUACACUGUGGCCGAUGUGGGAGAUUUUGGAAAUCCUGGCUACGAUGGCCGGAAAGGUGAAAAGGGAGAGUGGGGUGAUCACGGUUUCGUAGGAUUACCUGGUCGAAAGGGCGAAGCAGGUGACAUAGGAUACACAGGGCCUGAUGGAUUUCCAGGCAUGCCAGGUCUUCCUGGUAUUCCUGGUAAUGAAGGACCUCCUGGACGUCCAGGAUUAUCUGGUGAAUUCGCCGAACGAGGUGACAAAGGAGUAGACGGAUUCGAUGGAAUACCUGGUGUACCAGGAGAUGCAGGAGCAAAGGGAGCUCCCGGAGAUUAUGGAUACGAUGGUCCCAAAGGAAACAGAGGAGACGUUGGUGACAGCUUCCAUGGACCAAAAGGAUUUCCAGGAGAUGAUGGUCCAAAAGGUUUCGUCGGUUACCCUGGAACUCCAGGAAUGGAAGGAUUGCCAGGUCUCCCUGGAUCACCUGGACUAAAGGGAUACAGAGGAGAACACGGAAGACAUGGAAUCAGUAUAAAAGGAGAACCAGGAGAUCAAGGACGGCCUGGACCCGACGGCAGGCCAGGACGAAAAGGCGACAGAGGUGAUUCGGGCCUUUCUGGAUUCGACGGACUACCUGGACCAAAAGGAGAACGUGGUGAUGAGGGCGAGACUGGUCUAUCUGGAGUACUUGGACCUUCAGGCCCACAAGGAGAAAAAGGAAAUCGUGGUAUAAAUCACUUCUCAGCUUUCCCAAGAAAAGGAAUACCCGGUGACAUAGGAUUCGAAGGACUGCCAGGUUACUUUGGAGAGAGGGGAAUGAUUGGCGAUCCAGGAGAAGAUGGAAUACCUGGAAGGACAGGUGAACAAGGAAUGAUUGGUUUGCCAGGAACUGCCGGACCUGAUGGCAAAGAAGGUCCUCCCGGUUUUUCUGGUGCUCCCGGUUCCGUUGGACGUCCAGGAUCCGUAGGAUACCCCGGAUUACCAGGAGCCCCGGCACCACCAGCGCCAGCUCCAAAAAGCAGAGGCUUCAUCUUCGCUCGGCACUCGCAAUCCGAAAUGAUACCUCUGUGUCCGAAAGACACGAUCAAACUCUGGGACGGUUUCUCAUUGUUGCAUAUAAUGGGUAACGGGCAUCCUUACGGGCAAGAUCUUGGUGCCGCUGGUAGCUGCGUUACUAGGUUCUCCACUAUGCCCUUCAUGUUCUGUAACUUCAACAACGUCUGCGAUUACGCGAAUCGUAACGACUACAGUUACUGGUUGAGCACGACGGAACCCAUGCCUAUGUCGAUGACGCCCAUACCAGCACCGGAAGUCGGCAGAUACAUCUCCAGAUGUUCCGUUUGUGAAUUCCCAACGCGAGCCAUCGCGGUUCACAGCCAGUCCAUGUCUAUACCGGAGUGUCCGAGUGGUUGGGAGGAACUUUGGAUCGGGUACAGUUUCCUCAUGCAUAGGGACGCGGGGGCGGGCGGCGGCGGCCAAUCGCUGAUCUCGCCAGGUUCCUGCUUGGAGGAAUUCCGCGCGCGGCCCUUCAUCGAGUGUCGAGGAUUGGGCACUUGCAACUACUUCUCCACUGCCACGUCCUAUUGGCUGGCCACCAUCACGGACAGCCAGAUGUUCCGGAAGCCAUCUCAGCAGACUCUGAAGGCGGACCACACCUCGCGGAUCAGCCGCUGCGCGGUGUGUCUUCGUCGUCGCGUCACGGAAGAGCCAAACCCGUAUCGAGCACCGCUACCCUUUACUGGCUACAAGCAUCGCUCAGAUCGGCGUUAUCCCUAUUAGCCCUCAGAGGCAAUCGUCACCACCAGUAGAGGAGGAGACCCCAACAGGAGCGAGGACAGCAGAUUGGAACGAAUUCGCAAACUCGAACGAACCGCGAAAACCCCUGGCAGUGGCUUAAAAAAUCGCGACGUCGUCAGCCACGAUUCACCAGUGACUUUGCAGGAGAACAGCGACUCUGUGUAUAUAUAAACAACAGGAUGAGACUUCGAACCAGUAGCUUUAGAUAAGUUUGUCGCGUCUUCCUCAACGGCGCAGAGAACCGGGAGCAAAAACGCUGUUGCGACACUCCAGUCUAUCGCUUUGUUCUGCCAAAAGAAUUAUAGAUCGAUUUUAUUAAUUUUUGUUAAAAAAAUUAGUUUAUGACUGCCUUUUUUGUUGCCCGGCGUACGCACAGUUACGGAAACUAUUGCCAACGGGACUAUCGUAGACGGAAAGAAAUUUUAUAUCAACUAACUUUCAGUAUACUCGAUGUUGAUAAGUAGACUGCGGAUGUUUGUGCAUUUAUGGGAAAUUUUAAUUCUCAAUAUUCUUCAAAAUCAAAAAUAUAAGAAACGCUUAAAGCACGAUACGACGUUUGAAGCAACCCUCUACAAAGCUCCCAUUUUAUUCAUUCUAUUAAUAAGAAUAUAAAUUUGCAUAAAGAUUCGCAGUCUAUCGAUAAGUGUCAACGAAGUAUUGUUGCAAUAAUGAGAUUGAAAUAUCCCACAAAACGAAUUGAAAUCGUCGUUUCGCAUUAUGCAGGUGUAUUGAAGUCCUGAGUCGACGUUAGGAGUGUGAACAUGUGUAUGAGUGUGUGUGAGUGUGUGUGUGUAUGAGAAAUUUAAGCGUGGUCAAAGUCGAGUCGGGACGACAUUGUUCUCCAGCCACGAUACUUUGAUUCAUUUCAGUCUUCUUUCACGACCAAAUUGAAUGUAUUAAUCUCACGAUUGGAAUCUACCUGCUUCAACAUUGCUCGAAACAAUUUUUGUAGUAUUAGACUUCAGCUUCUAUCAAUAAUCUACGAGUUCAAGUAUUUCAAAAUUAUUUGUCCGUGUAGUUAGAUAGAAAUAGUAUUUAUUUCUUAUUCGGUCGUUUGUUCAGACAUUCAACAGUGUAUGUGAUAUUAACCCUUUUAUGUAGAAUUAUCGUACCCUGAACGUAUGUUAUCAAAAACAGAGUAAUCCCCAAGUUACAAUGUUACUAACUAGUAACUAGUAAUCAAUAAAUAAAACAUGAAGAAAGAUCCAUUUUGCAAUACACUUGGUGUACGACCUGAUGUUUGAAUUAUUUAACAAGAAAUUUGUUUAAUACUUCCCUUACAUCCCCACGCUAAUAAAAUAUAAUUUAACUCCAAAAUUGAACUAUAUUAAUUUAAUUUAUAACUGCUGUUUGUACAGUGCUGCGACCGAAUAAAUACGUUUACUUGAAAAUGAAUCGUAAAGCAAGGAAUUAACUUAAAAAUUCUUAUAAAGUUCACUGAGAAAACUUCAUUGAAUUUGUCAUGGUAUUGUCUUAUAGAAAUAGCUCUGCGGAUUCAGACAUUUAUUAUUUGGCUCGAGUAUUAAUUAAUUCAUGAACGUAAUGGAUGAAACAGAGGGUUGAAAUAACACGCGAGUAAGUGACUUUAAAGUUCAAAGUUCAGAUAAAGUGUAGCCGAAGAUAAAAGAAUAAAAUAAAACGAAGGAUCAUUUUUCGUCAACGUGGCAUGAAUUUCUGUAACCGUGUGGACAAUUAUGUGUGCGUACCGUUGCGGCCGGAUUUAGGGAUGAUAUAUGUCUUAUGCCAAAAAAAUACGAGGGCUAACGUCCUCGACGAAACUGCCAAUCGACGUCGCAUCGACCUCACGGAUAAAUUUAAAUUAACGAUAUUUUCUGUACGAUAUACCGCUACUGUAACUGUCUAUGUAUUUACAACGAAUAAAUAUAUUUUAUAGAAGCUA